AUGACGCAACAUUUGAUCAACCCUUUGCUUAUUCAAGAGCUGAUCGACAAGCUUCCCGAUGGAACCAAACGCGAAUGGGUUCAUUUUAAGCGAAGUAAACGAAAGGUAACGCUAAGAACGCUUACUGAUUUUCUUUCUGGCAUCGUAGCAGAUGCAUGUGAGGCGAAUAUUGAUUUGAAUUGUAGAGUGGAAAACAAACAAGUUUACAGCGGAAAAGCUAAAGUAAGAGAGCAAGGCGCGUUGUUCAAUCAUGCUGAAGCUGAGACUGCGGUGAGCAGUAAUUUGACCAAACGAAAUUUAAAACCCUGCGUCGUAUGCCAGCGCACAGACCACAGACUGCGAUUCUGUCAGGAUUUCAAGAAUCUUGAGCUCGCUGUUAGGAAGAAUGUAGUGGACCAGUGGAAGUUAUGCAACGUUUGCCUAAACGAUCAUGGUGGAACGCCAUGUAAAUUUAAAAUGCGUUGCAAUUUUGGCGGCUGCAGAGAGCGCCAUAAUCCUUUGUUGCACCCUAGCAAUGGUGUAGUCGGAACGAGUGUGCACAUUUGUACGAGUAACCCCAUCAUUUUUCGUAUGAUACCGGUACAGUUGCAGUAUGGCGAACGAGUUUUGAGUUUGCUGGCAUUUUUGGAUGAGGGAGCUUCAGUAACGCUAUUAGAACAACAGCUGGCGGAUCGUUUAGGAAUAAAAGGUGUUCAGGAAAAACUAACCAUAAAAUGGACAGCGGAUGUAACGAGGGUAGAAAAACAGUCGCAGCGUAUGAACCUGUGGGCCUGUACAGCCACCGCAGGAGAAAAACUGAUGUUAAAAUCUGUUCGCACAGUAAAUAAACUGAUGCUACCAGCUCAAUCGUUGGACGUGCAGGAAUUGUCCAAGCAGUAUGCACAUUUGCGAGGUCUUCCAAUUAUGUCGUACGAGGGUCGCCCGGAAAUGCUGAUUGGGCUGAACAACCUCCACGCAUUCGCUCCUUUAGAAGUGAAGUUAGGUACGGCUAUGGAUCCGAUAGCUGUUCGAUGUCAUCUAGGCUGGACAGUUUAUGGUCCGAAGCAAGUUAUCGAAUAUCAACCAGAAAGCUACCUUGGUUAUCAUGCAGAAGUAAGUAACGAAGACUUACACGCUUUAAUAAAGAGCCAUUAUACGCUGGAAGAAACAGUGAUAAGCCUGCCGCAAGAGUCCGCUGAGGAUAGAAGAGCGAGGGAGAUACUAGAGCGUUCCACUAAAAGAAUAGGACAGCGUUUUGAAACUGGCCUAUUGUGGAAAGCUGAUGAUCCCUGGUUUCCGAACAAUUUCUCUAUGGCCUUAAGGAGAUUAAAGCAAUUGGAAAAUAAGUUACAAAAAGACCCGCAAUUGUAUGAGAACGUUUGUAGUCAAAUUGAACAGUAUGUAGAAAAGGGAUAUGCACAUUUAGCUACCUGCGACGAAUUAAAUAAUACCGCCCCUGGUAAAUACUGGUACUUGCCGCUUAACGUAGUUUUGAAUCCCAAAAAACCAUCAAAAAUCCGGCUAGUCUGGGACGCAGCCGCAUCGGUAAAGGGAGUGUCAUUGAACUCACAACUGCUGGCAGGCCCCGAUAUGCUGGUUUCUCUGGUGUCCGUCAUUGUUGGAUUUCGACAGUAUAGGAUUGCAUUUGGCGGAGACCUGCGCGAAAUGUAUCACCAGGUGAAAAUUAGGGCUGAGGACAAGCAAGUGCAACGUUUUCUGUUUCGUAAAAAUUCCGAUCAGCCACCCACUACUUACGUCAUGGACGUUGCUACAUUUGGGUCGACCUGUUCACCCUCGUCGGCCCAAUUUGUAAAAAAUAAAAAUGCAAAAGAGUAUGCAGUGCAGUAUCCCGAAGCGGCUGAAGCGAUAAUUAAUCGUCACUAUGUCGACGAUUAUUUCGACAGUGUCGAUACCGUCGAAGAAGCGAUUCGCCGUUCAAAGCAAGUGAGCUUCGUACACUUGAGAGCAGGGUUCGAGAUUAAAAAUUGGCUAUCUAAUUCUCACGAUGUCUUACGCGGCCUCGGUGAGCAGCAAGCUAUGCAAGAUGUUCAUUUUAGCCGAGAUAAGGAAACGAAUAACGAAAGAGUACUCGGAAUCGUUUGGAACCCGAAACGGGAUGAGUUUUCAUUCUCCACUCACCAAAGAGAAGAGUUUCAGCCGUACAUGAGUGGCGGAAAACGACCAACAAAAAGGAUAGUGCUAAGCAGAUUUGAUGAUGUCACGUGCGAAAGUCGCUCCACUUAA